AUGGAGUAAUUUUAGCAAUCAACUAUUUUUAUUUGCCAUAAAUAGAACUAGUAAUUACAGAAUAAAUAAAACAAGAAAUUAAGUUAUGUGACUAUAGGAUUGAUUGAAAUAUAAUGA